GAGUGAGCCGUCCUGUGUGCUGCCUCCUCUGUGCGUAAGGAAACGUGGCCUUACCCCGGACCGAGCAGCCGCAGCAGCAGCAGCGGCCUCAGAUGAAGCAGGAGCCCGCAGACCUCAGCCGCCAGCCGCCCCUCCGCCUCCAGCUCAGCUCCAUCCCGUCUCUCAACCGCCAUGUCUGAGGCACAAACAGCCCCGGCCUCGGCCCCGGAGGCCGCGGCCGCCGCGGUGCUGGAGGCCCUGAACUCCACCGACUCCAACGGGACCGAGGCGCUCAACGCGACGGCGAAGUUCGUGGCCAGCCCGGAGGGCACGGCGCUGGCGUACGGCAGCCUGGUGCUCAUGGCGCUGCUGCCCAUCUUCUUCGGAGCCCUGCGCUCCGUCAGCUGCUCCAAGUCCAAGGAGCUCGGUGACAAUGAUAACGAUUCUGGGUUCAGAAAUGCAGCAGACAUGCCAGAAACCAUCACCAGUCGCGAUGCGGCGCGGUUUCCCAUCAUCGCCAGCUGCACCUUGUUUGGCCUGUACCUCUUUUUCAAGGUGUUUUCUCAAGAGUACAUCAACAUGCUGCUGUCCAUCUACUUCUUCGCGCUGGGCGUCCUGGCUCUGUCUCACACUAUGAGUCCGCUGAUGACCAGGAUCUUUCCAACAUCGAUACCAAACAAACAGUUUCAGCUGCUCUUCACUCAGGGCUCCGGAGAGUCCAAAGAGGAAAUUGUCAACUAUGAGUUUGACACCAAGAACCUGGUGUGUCUGGUCAUCAGCAGCGUGGUCGGAGUCUGGUACGUGCUCAAGAAGCACUGGAUAGCCAAUAACCUCUUCGGCCUGGCCUUCGCCCUGAACGGCGUGGAGCUGCUCCACCUGAACAACGUCAGCACCGGCUGCAUCCUGCUCUGGGGCCUGUUUGUCUACGAUGUGUUCUGGGUGUUCGGGACCAACGUCAUGGUAACGGUCGCCAAGUCCUUUGAAGCACCAAUCAAACUGGUGUUUCCUCAGGAUCUGCUGGAGAAAGGUCUCGGUGCCAGUAACUUCGCCAUGCUGGGUCUGGGUGACAUCGUCAUCCCUGGUAUCUUCAUCGCUCUGCUGCUGCGCUUCGACGUCAGCCUGAAGAAGAACAGCAGGACGUAUUUCUACUCCAGUUUCCUGGCCUACAUCUUUGGACUGGGCCUCACCAUCUUCGUCAUGCACACCUUUAAACACGCACAGCCCGCUCUGCUCUACCUGGUCCCCGCCUGCGUCGGCUUUCCCGUCGUCGUAGCUCUGGUCAAAGGAGAGCUCACGGAGAUGUUCAGGUACGAGGAGACGCCACCCGAGGAGGAGGAGGAGGCGGCGGCGGUGGCUAAUGGCGACUCGCCAGAGUCAGAGAAGAAGGACCAAUAACAUCCACCGCUGCCUGCCCCACCCCCCCGCCCACCGUCAUCCAGCCUGCUGCCGCCACAUUUCACUGAAGCCCCACCCCUCCGCUUCUCCAGCUUCCUGUCCGUUGCCGGGGGAGAUGGAGCUCAUGUCGCCAACGUGUUUUGUCUUUGAAAACCCAUGGGCGCGGCCGCUGGUCUCCAUGGUAACGGCUGCUGUCGUGCUAAUGCUGGCGGUGUCUGUAAUUAAAAGGUUGUUACGUUACAACAGUAGAGACUCGUUGCCUGCCAUGUUUCCUCAUGUUUCCUCUCAGCUGCUCUCACACAGGAAACCCGCGGCGUCGUCAGAUCUGAUCGUCCUGUGUGUCGCAGUCUGUCGCCUCAGACAGAGACUGAGCGAGCGCUUGUUUUCGUCUUUUCACAGCCUGAAAAGAAGAAAGAGAAUCACAGGGUGAAACGAGCGCUUCUUUCUUUUCUUGUUUCCUGUUGUGUUUUUCCUCGGCUGCUCUUCACUCUGCCUUCUGCUUUCUCAUCUCCGUGUUUUCUGUUUAUUUUUCCUCAGUUUUAUUGUUUCGUGUUAAAGGCCAGGAUUUUAAGAUGAAGACAGUUACGUUUUAAUUGUAAAAACGCUCAUGUCUGAGUGUUGGUGUGAAUCAGCUGCUUCACCAGGAAAUAAACCUCUGGAUCAGAGCUGUGCUGCUUCAGAUUAAAACCGUGUCGUUUGGUUGUUUGCUGCAGCAGCUGCAGGUCACAUGGUCUGAGUGACAGCGGGUCAGAGGUGGAGCCCGGUUUAUUCAGAUUUAUCUGUGGUGGUUGACGGGACGUUGACAUGAAUGUGAAGAAACGAUGAUAAAAGUCAAUUUUUUUUUAUCCAGCUCCAUUUAAAAUAUGAUUCUGUUGUGAAUUUCUCUCGACACGUGUCGACUCUCAAUCGUCAGCGUGUUCGUCCUGUUAGGAAUCUAAAGACCUGAUUCCACUCCAACAGGUGGUGCUGUUGUGGUCUUUGAUUUAAAGAUUCUCGUUGUUUACUUGCAUAGCACCAAAUAAUAUUAUACAUUGUCUCAAGGCUCUUUACAUAGAAGGUUGAGACUUUAAAAAUGUAGAGAGACUCGACAGUAAAAUCCCAUUUAUUCUUUUUAGUUAACGUUUUUCACCUUGUGAGCAGACGAAGGUUUCAGUUAAUUUCAGAUAAAAUCCUCUUGCAAAGUCUUUGGAGUCUCAUGGAUCAAUGUGUCCGUUUUCAUUUCAAACACGGAGAAGACUGAAUGGAAACUAAUUAAAGAUUAAUUUUAAAGUGUUUGUGUCUAAAACACAAAUCAGAUUGUGAGUAAUAAACCAGAUGUGAAUGUUUCAGACUCAACAUCUGUUUCCUGCAGAUCGACUCCUCUUUUAGUUCUAGUUAUUUAAUCAGACGACAGGUGAGUAUUUACCUGUCGUCUGAUUAAAUAACCAAACAAACAUGAGCCGGGGUUUUUCACUCUUAAAGUUCUGGCCUGAGAGGCGAGGAGGAGGAGGAGUCAGACUGAACCUCCUCAUUUAUGGAGGCGCCUGAGGGGGAGGAGCCUCGUCAGCAGACGAUCUGGGUUUGAACGAGCAACAUUAGAAUUUAUGCUCAUUUUCUCAUGAAUAAAUUUGAAAAGUAAUUUUUCCUCCAAACAUUCCGUUUUAAAGCUUCUUCACUGUGACGCUCUUCAGUUUUUCUGUCUUUAUAUUAUUUCAAGCUGACUUCCUUUUUGUUUUGGUUCCUUCAUCGGACAAAACCUGUUACAUUGACUGAACGAUUUGUCUUCAGAUAAUUGUCAGUUUCAACCCUGAAAUUAAGGAGGUAUUAAGUCAAGGUUUUUCCUCUGUAUUGAAGAGUGGAUCUUUAAGUUUGAGAGCAGGAACUUAUGAUUUCACAUUCAGGUGUUGUGAAGCUUUCACUCAAAACCCCGCGCUCACACUCAAACAGCCCCUGCUUGUAUCUCUGCACCUGCCAUUCUAUUGGUUUAAGGAUAUUUGACAGAGUUGUUGCACAAAAUAAUCCAAGAGCAAAGGAGAAAUCCGUGAUCAGACGCUUCAUGUGCACAUUAGCACCAUGAGAAGAGCUGAAGCAGGAAAUCUGAGUGCAGACGCACAGUUUGAGCACAAGCAGCAGCUGUUUGAGUGCAAGAGCAGGGUUUUGAAUGAAAACAUAAAAAAAGCGGAACGUGAAAUCAAUGACUCUGGUUUUCAAACUGAAAGACCAGGCUUUGGAAUACAGAAGGGAAAAAAAAGUCCCAAAAGUGUUUAACAUGAGAUCUGAUUCACAGAACCAAACAGCAGCGUCGUGUUUAUCUGCCGUUUUGCAUUAAAUAUUUUAUAGUUUUGAGACAAACGUAACUAAAACUUAAAGCAACUCCUUCUGACUGUUCAUACACUUAUUAAAAACCUUGGGUCUCUUAAAACGUACUGAUUCUACUCAACAGAUUUACUGCUUCUGUCGACAUUGAGCUGGGCUUCACACCUAAUGUCACACGUCCAGACUCUGAUGAAAAAAGUCUGAAUUUGUAGAAAAAUUUCAGAAGUUGCAGCUAAAAGUCAGACCUUUCUUAUUAAAGGGCGACUCCAGCCAUUUACUGCAACACUAUAAAACUGGGUGAAUCACAAAAGUCACAUUCAAACAAUAAUGAUCAACAUUAAAGGAACAGAAGCAGAAAUAUCCCGUUUUUUGUCUCAGUUCAACUCCAGCACCAGAAACUACAUUUCCCAGAAUGCAUCUUUAUAGACUGCCACUGUUUUCACAGAGUUGGAAUGACGACCAGUAAAAUCAUCUUUGUGUAAAGAAAAUGGAGUGGCCCAUUAAAGUCUGUUUCUUUAAGAUGAUUUAUAUUUAUUUUUAGGGAAACGUCAGAAAUUCAAAAUAAAAGUUUGAAAUUCAAAAAGGGAAAUUGGUAACUUGAAAUCUGACACUUUCCUUAUAACGAUUUCAUCACAGAAUCUAAACAGUUAAUCAGUUGGUUCAAUCGUCUGUUGGGUGUCGAGUCUUCUUUCGUACGUCGUGUCACAGAAACCAUCACGAGACGUCCUGGAGACGAGCGUCCUCGCUUUGACAUCUUACAGAUUCUCUAACAGUGCAGAUCUUAAGGUUUUUAGUUGCUUGACAAACGUUUGGAUGUAAUUAGCUUCACAUUAAGAUUCUUCAUGUAAUUGAUGUUGACGCUUUAUUAAGAGUUUUGUAUUUUCAUGUAAAAAAAAAAGACAAAACGAAAGAGUCCUUCACAUGUUCAGCUCAGUGACGUUCAGUAUCUCUUCAUGUUGAAUAUAAUGUACCUGAAAUGUUUCUUUCUCUCUGGUUGUAUUUGUGCAGGAGGUCGUUUUAUGGCCCCGACUGUAUCUAUUUUAUUUGCAAUAAACUUUUUGGGUGUUUUGAUCACCAUAUAGAAGCAGAA